GGCAAGCGAGGCAAGAUGGCUGCAUCGGCUUGGCUGCGUGGCCCAUCUGCGAUGCGACUAACCGAGGGUUUGGUGUCGGUUCUGAAAGAACAGCGUCCGGAGUAUUUACCUGCUCUGUUGGCCAACUACAGGGAGCAUGGCGUGUUUCAGACACAGGGCGCGAGCGCCGUCGGAGGUCUCGUGGGUUUCAGCAAUGCCAAACUGGGCUCGAGCAAGACCAGGUUUGAGGGGCUCUGCCUGCUCUCCAUGCUGGUUAAGGACAGCUCCAGUGAUCUGUUCCAGCAACACUGCGUUUCCUGGCUGCGCUCUCUACAGCAGGUCAUACAGUCUCAGGCUCCAGUUCAGACCAUCCAGCUGGCAGUGAACAUUCUGAAGGACCUGCUUCAGUACUCGUCCCAGCUGCCAGAGCUGGCCAGGGAGGUUGGCCUCAACUCCAUCCUGGGCAUCCUUACGUCUCUGCUGGGCCUUAAGACAGAGUGUGAGCUGGCGGCCAUGGAGGGGAUGACUGCCUGUAUGACCUACUACCCCAGAGCCUGUGGAUCCCUCAGAGACAAACUGGGAGCUUAUUUUCUCUCAAAAAUGGACAGUGCAAACAAGAAAACACAAGAGACGGCAUGUAUGUGCUACGGCCGCCUGCCCUGUCUGGGGGGCCUGUUGGACAGAGGGGUGGGUGCUGGUAGAGCUGAGGGCUGGACCAAUCAGAUUCACUGCCUUCUGGCUUCAGCCAAUGGCCUGCUGGCUCAGAUCUACCAGGGUUCAGAAACAGAUGGAACGGUGCAAUAUGAAGGUCCAGGGGUGGAACUGGCCUUUCCUCAUCUCGACCAAUCGGAUCCCCUGCUCCUGCUGCAGCUCCAGCACAGAUACACAGCUGUCUGUCUGGCACUCAAACACACACUCAGGGUGGAUCCAGCCUCAGCUGUACGUCUGCCUGUCAGACCAAUCCUCAACCUGGUGUGCCGAGUCCUCGCUGUCAGCUCCAAGAGCAUAAAUUUAACAGGGGAUGGAAGUGUGAGGUUGUUGGUCUUGCCCAUCGUACACACCAACACACUGGAGGUCUUAUCAGCUCUUAUCACAGCUGUACGGAGCGGCAUGGUUCAGUACGCUGCUGUGCUCCAGAGGCUGUUCUCUCAAACCCUGUCAGCCUGGACGCCUCUGCCUGAAGCCAGUCUGGGACAGCAGAGAUCCUACAGCUCAGUGCGGGUAUCAGUGUACACAGCCUUGGAGUUGUGGGUCCAGGUGGCCGGAGCCUCUUCUAGCAUCCUUCAGGGAAGCCCUGGCCACUCAGAACUCCUGUUUAGUCACCUGCUCAGUGACAUCACACCAGGGGCGGAGUCUGUCAAGCUCCGGGCGGGUUUGUCAGCAGAUGCAGUUCCUGGAGGGAAGCCGGGCCCGCGGAGAACUAAACAGUUAGUCAUGGCAGACACAGUCGGGCCAUCACUCCAGAGGAAAGGAGACCUUCUGGCUAAUCAAGAUACUUGCCUUUCAGCCCUUAGGGCACUGAGGCAAAUCCUACUGACCAGUGGUACAUUGCUGAAAGAUGAUAUACACAAGCGUCUCCAUGACGUCGUGCUGCCACUGUGUGUGCGUCUGCAGCAGCAACAGUCCAGCAGCAGUACUUCCUGUGAAUCAGCAGGGGGCGUCAGUGGACAGUACAGCAGUGCCCUCUCCCGUAAAGAGCUGUACAGGCUAUUGCUGGCUCUGGUCCUGGUCCCAUCACCCUGUUGGCCACCACCUCUGACCUGUGCUGUGUCCAUCCUCAGCAGCGGACGCAACGACCGCAACCUCAAGGUGUCCACAUUCUGCACUGAGGCUCUGACCAUCUGUAACUCCCUUCUCCACCCCCGCACUCCCUCCAUUGCCCUCCCCUUACCACCCCUCACCCUGAAACCCACCCCCACUGCUCCAGUCCUCCCCUCCGCCCAGGGACCUACUCCUGGACUCACUUUACCAACGCUCCUAGGAGGCCCUCCCCCUGGUCCUCCAUUCCCCACCCGCCACUCCCUCGGCCUUGGACCAACUUCCCUGCUGGGUUCUCUGGAGAACCACCUCUCCCUGGUUCCGGGGCUGCCAGGCCAGGCCCCCACACCGGGAGACAUGAUCCUGUCCCCCCAUGCACACCACCAGCAGGACCCUGCUGGGCUGGGCCUUCCAGAGGGGCAGAGGCCCGUGUUCGUCCGUUAUGACAGAGAGGAAGCGGAGGAUGUGGAGAUCUCUCUGGCCAGUGACUCAGACGACAGUGUAGUCAUCGUUCCCCCGGGGAUGCUUAACAUGGAGAACCAGCAGGAUGAGCCUGCAGUGGCAGCAAACUCUCAGAAUAUGGCCUCCACUGUACCAGGGGGUGCUCCAGUCACACUAUCAGGUGCAGAAUCUGUCACCAUGGUCCCCACCACAGCAACAACAACCACAAUAGACGGCGUCUCACUCCCCAAUGACCUAGCCACCUCCUCCCCUCUACUCACCACCUCCACCACCCCUAUCAACUCCUUCCCUCCUUCCAGCGCCUCAGUUGUCUCCCUGGUUCCACCUUUGAAUUCCACCACACUCCCUGCUCCACCUGGUGGUCUGGGAGACUCAUUGCCUGGCAGACCCCAGCUGCAGCAGAUGCUGAUGCAGCCGUCCACACCAGGCCAGCCGGGUCCUAUGAGUCUACCGCUCCAGAUGCACCAGCUGCAGAAUCAGCUUAGCCAACAGGGACGGCACCUCCACCAGCACCAACCACCGCCCACCAGCAAUGAAGACUCAGCUGUCAUCAACAUCAACAGCACGGAUGAAGAGGAGGAGGAGGAGGAGGAUAUGGAGGAUGAUGAAGAGCUGGAUGAGGAAGAGGAAGAAGGAAUGGAUGAGGAGGACGAGGAGGAGGAAGCUAGCGAUUUUAAUGAGGAGGAGUUUUAUGAUGGGGAAGAGUAUGACGAAUUUGAUGAAGAAGAGGGGGAAGAGCUGGAGGAAGAGGAGGAGGAGGAGGAGGAUGGGGAUAUACCUCCACUGGAGGGAGUGGAGGACAAGGCUGGAGAGGCUGGGAUAGAGGGGGGGAAGGUGCUCAGAGCAGCGGUGGAUGAAGGAGGGAUGGCUGGAUUCAGUGUGGAGGGAGAAGCAGAGGGAGGGAUAGAGGAGAUCCAGACCAACAGGUCGGUGUUCGGAGAGGACAGGAUAAAGGUGCAAAAGGUGGAGAGCAUAGGUGUCCUAGAGGAGGCACGGGAGGGGGAGGGAGAGGAGGACGAAAGCGAAAGGAUGGACGACCCCACCAUGCCACAAAUCCUGUGCGUCACUGGAGGAGCACUGGAGGAGAGGGAGGAGACGGAGGAGGAGGGAGGGGGAGCAGCAGCAGGAGGAGGAGGAGAAGGAGAGGGUGGAGGGCUGCAGGAAGAGGCAAGGUCAUGGGAGCAAGGAGCCAGUGAGACUGAGCUGACAGCUGCUGCUGCAGAAGAAUGCACAACCAAUCAGAAUCAACAGGAGUCAGGAGCUGAACCUGCAAAGGAAGCCAGUGUGAGUGACAACCAGCCAUCCAGUGAUCAAGAGGAGCAGCUAGCAGUUGUUGAGGAGGGAGACUCAUCAACAGCAGCAGCAGCAGCAGCAGCAGCAGCAGCAGCAGCAGCAGAAGAUCCCGAAACCUCAACAGGCCCCAGUACAAAAGAGCAAGAAGAGUCGGACGCUGAGAAAAGAGACGACACACAAGCAGAGCAGCAGGAGACAGAAGGAGGAGGAGGGGGAGAGAGUGAGGGAGAGGAGGGGAAAGGAGUGAAGAGGAAGAGAGAGGAGGAGCAAAGGGAAGAAGAGGCGGGGCAAAGCACUGAGAAGAAAAAGCUGGAUGAUGAAGCCAUGGCCUCCAUGUUGGCUGACUUUGUCGCCUGUCCACCUGAUGAUGAAGAUGGUGCCUCUGGAUCAAACCGCUCAUAAAUAUUUGCCAACCUGGACUGAUACGGUUGAAGUAACCAUGGAUACAGCAGAUACUGUGAGGAUACUGAAUCAUUAGUGACAUUUCCAAGGUUUAGUUACCUCAUACAACAACUCCCUUAUCAUCACACCUUCCACUUCUUCAGUGUUCAGAUCAACAGCUAGAAUGUGGCCUCCAGUUUUCUUUCUUUUAACAAUAUUGCCAACUUCAAGCUACACUGUGUGGGGUGUGGGAACUUUUUACUGUUACUCCCCAGCUUGUAAAAACUUGUCAACAAUUAGAAGCAUGACAUUGUCUCCAGUCCCAAGUGCAGCUGCCUGGCUGGGAGGUGAAAUGUAUUACUCAGAACGCUAGACUUUGUCCUUGUACACAGUACAUAGUAUCCUACAGUCAGUGUUCAAAGUGGUUUUCUUGGAUUCAUAUGUAUCUUUUAUGUUUUGUCAUCACUGUCAAGUGCUUUGUUAUACAAAAGUAAAAAAAAUCAAACGUAAGUUACAUACACUAUGUUUUUUCUUUUUGAUUUAAUCACUAACCAAGAACAAUAAUUCUGGUGUCUAAAGAUUGCCUUGUAGCAAUUCCUCCAAAUUUGGCACAAAUGUCCACCUGGUAUCAACAAUUAACUGAUGAGAUUUUGGUGGUCAGAGGUCAAGGUCACUGUGAACUUGCAUCCAUCUCAUUCUUUUGAAUGCAAUAUCUCAAUGCCUCAAAUUUGGCACAAAUGUCUUCCUGGACUUUACGAUGCACUGAUUAGAAUUUGGUGGUCAAAGGUCAAUGUCACUGUGACCUGGCUCAUCUUAUUCUUGAGAAAGGGAUAUCUCAAGAGGGACUUGAGAGAUUAACUCAAACUUGGUGCAAAUGUCUAAUUAGACUCAACAAUGAAAUGAUUACAUUUUGUUGGUUUUGUCUUUUUGAUGUGGUGUUUGUUUAAUUUUUGUAAACAUGCUAUCUCGCUCCCUCACAUUUGGCACAAACGUCCACUUGGACUAAAUGAUUAACUGAUUAAAAUUUGUAAGUCAGAGGUCAAGGU